UAUGGGUGGUGCUAUAGCUGUACAUACUGGUGCUCAGAAUAUAUUACCAACACUAAUUGGAAUUGUCGUCAUUGAUGUUGUAGAAGGUACAGCACUAGAUUCACUACGCAGUAUGCAGUCAUUUCUGAGUAGUAGACCUGCCCAAUUUAAAUCAUUGGAAAAUGCCAUUGAAUGGAGUGUAAAAACUGGUCAAAUACGAAAUAUUGAAUCGGCUAAAGUAUCAAUGUCAGGACAACUAAGAAGAGUAAAAGAAAAGGAGCAGGAUUCAGUGGAUGCUGUAACUGAGGGUACCUCCAGAGUUACUGGUACAAUUACUGAAGAAGAGGAAGAAGAUGGAGAAAAUGCAACAAAAUCAUCACAAUGUACAACUGUGAAAAAAGGAAACAAGGACCACUACACUUGGAGGAUUGAUUUAUCAAGAACAGAAAAACACUGGCAAGGUUGGUUUAAAGGACUUUCAUGUCUGUUUCUCUCAUGUGAUGUUCCAAAGAUACUCGUAUUGGCGGGUGUGAACAGACUAGAUAGAGAAUUAACUAUUGGUCAAAUGCAAGGCAAAUUCCAAAUGCAAGUACUUCCACAAUGUGGGCAUUCAGUCCAUGAAGAUGCCCCAGAGAAGGUGGCUGAAGUUUUAGCCUCAUUUAUGGUACGACAUAAAUUUGCAGAGCCCACUGCUGAUUUCAAAAGACCAAUGCCAGCAUGUUAAAUAUACUAAUAGCAUGGAUACCAGCUACACACAAAAGUCUAUUGUCUACAAUGGAUACAGGGCAAACUAUUAAUACCAUAGAUAUCAGCUGUGUCUGUUGUCUAGAAAGACCUAAUACAAGGAAUAUUAAUAGCAUGGAUACCAGCUACACACAUAAGUCUAUUGUCUACAAUGGAUAUAUGGUACAUUAUUAAUGGCAUAUAGUAUAUAUCAUGUGUCUACAAAGACUUAAUAAAAGGAAUAUUUAUAGCAUGGAUAUAAUCUAUUCAUGCAUCUAUAGUCGACAAUGGAUAUAUGGCUAAAUAAUUGUAUAGCUAUAUUGCUGUAUUCCAAUGCCAUUUGAUACAAGGAAAAUGAAGAGCAUGGCCAGAUAUCUGCUGUAUUUAAGUAUAUGAAGUGUAAAUGUACAAUUGGAUACAUGAUAUAUUAAUAGAUGAAUACCAUAUCUACAAAUGAAUACUUGACAAUUUAAUAGCAAGAAUAUUAUCUGUAUAUAUCAGUAGUCUACAGAUGGAUACUUCAAUCAUGCAGAUUAUCGUCGACUUAAAAUGUCAGAAUGUCUUGAAUCACAAUUAUUGUUACCAUUGUUCACAGCCAUCAAGAUGCAUUCCUUAAUUUAUUAAGUGGUUAGUCUGCCAUCAUUGUCCCUAAACUGGGUUAGAAUUAACGACCCACGGGUCAUUGCAUAAUGGCAAUGGUAUUACACCAAUCUACAGAAUGUAGGAAUGUGUCAUUGCACAAUUUUAGGUUCAUUAAAGAAAUGUUGUAAAGCAAUAUACUGUUAAUAUGACUGCUUAAAGAUUUAGUUAAUUGGAUUUAAUUUCUGAUAUGUUUCACUGGGAAUGGUUGAAGGUAGAUGUGAUUAAGUCGUGUGUAUUGCAGAGUUGUGAUUUUUAUGGAGUUUUUCUAUGAUAUUAGAAAAUUAAAAUUCUUACAACAGUGAAA